AUGGUACAGGAGAACUGGAUUUCGCGCGAAACAGCUAAUGUCCCGGCUGCUAAUGAGGACUAUGAAGUUCGUCAACGACGGAACCUCGUCGAGACCUGGGCGAAGGCAACGCAGGAAUUUCGAGAUUUAUACCAUAAUAGGGCACCCCUUCGGAUUCCGGGUCUCACCCACCAAGCACACCCCGAAGCAGCAUUGAGCAGGAUUGCUUAUUCAUAUCCUGUAGGAGCCAGACUUAUAUGCUUAGCUCCUCUAUCAGAAGCAUCCAGGUCUAAUCGAUCGAAAUGGAUCAAGCUCUAUAUUCUUUCCUGCCGUUUGGACGGUGAAAUGGGCCAUUGUCUCAAAUCCAAUCCUCAUGCGGGCAUUGAACCGACUCCUGCUACAUUCCCGGAACCAACAACAUUCUCAAUGACAGUUUUCCUACCGUGGUACACCCUAGAGACAGCCAAUUUCGGCAACAUUGUCAUGACUAGGAAUGGGUCUGUUCUUUUCCUAGGGUGUACAGAACCUUGGUUUUUGGUUGACCAGAACGACCUGGACACAGGGCGGAUCACCACGGUCCAAUUUGAAAACAACGGAGAGAUACUGAUGACAUUCCCUCGCAGAGCAUAUUAUAUGUUUCCAGUUUAUACCUAUUUUCCUGGUCUCCGCAAGCCCUUGUCAGAGGUCAAACAAAGUAGGGAGGGUGGAGUUCGACCCGAACAGAAUGCUGCAUUGGAUAUGACCCUGCCUGUGAUUGAAAGGUUGGAGGGUGCUAAAGCUCGAGGGGAACUUAUACCCUUUUUCGAUGGGGCCCGUGAUACAUGGACUGAAGACAUUGACAUUUACGCUCCCGGAUAUUUGCUGAUGGAGGCGGACGGAAAGGAGGCAGAUCAUGAUCAUUCUCAAUUGAUUGACCCGGUGGAUGCAUAUGACAUCCGCUUGCAGAGCCUAUGA